GGACAUGGUGUAUUACCGCAUAUAAUUCCACGUGUUGGUGUCAAUUUUGACUUUCUUUUUUACCUCGAUUCUCGCUCCUUCGCCUAAAUUGAUCGAGGCCAAAGUCGCGAUAGAAUCAUGCGAUAGAAUAGAAGAUGAGAAGCAUACAUUUGAAUAAAAUUCAAUUUCUCGUCGGGGGAAUCGAGGAUUGUUGGAUCGAUUGACAGUGCUUAGCACCGAUUAUCACCGUAGCGAGAGCACGCGACGAGUAGGUACACUAGGUACGGCGACGUCGCGUCGUCGCAUGCGCCCGCUUCUGGGAGGAUCCAAGAUCCAAUCCAUUAUCCAUUGCGUGGUGCGCGAGCCGGACGAGCCGAGCUCUUAACCCUCGUUCCUAUCCUCGCCGGGCGAAGCGUCGAGAGGAUGGCCGACAUCAAGCAGGACCACAAGGGCGAGGACGUCGACAGCUACGGGAUGGGCAACAGCGCCGACCCGAAGAACAUGCAGGAGCUGACGCAAUACGUGCAAACGCUGCUGCAGAACAUGCAGGACAAGUUUCAAACCAUGUCCGACCAGAUCAUAGGAAGAAUAGAUGAAAUGGGCAACAGAAUAGACGACCUGGAAAAGAAUAUCGCGGACCUAAUGACGCAGGCGGGAGUCGAAGGUGGUGAUAAAUAAGCUCAUCCUUUUCUCAGUGCACUGAUCUAUAAAUAACCGAGACGCUACAACUACGGAUAUAACGAUUAGGCAACUUCAGUGAAAUGCGGUUUACGUUGUUUCUUCGUACUAUCUUUAUCUUGGAGAAGUUUCCCUUUUCUUAUCUUAUUCAAAACAAUUGCGUAUCUAUGCGGACGCUUGAACCGAUAAAAAAAAAAGAGUACAAAUAAGCAUUCUUCAAGAUUAAGCAAAUAUUUACUUUGUCUGAUUCAGUCUGUAAGGUAUACGGUAUAUUAUAGACGACAUUAAAGACUUCUGACACGUGGGAAUUGCUGGGACGGGUUUGAGAAUGAAGCGUUUCUUUACUUUGUAUCCAGCAUGUUUUGACACUCUUUUCUAAAAAGACAGAAAGGCAAGAUUAAAAAGGGCGAUUAAAAUUACAUAGAUUUUUGCCUAGUUCUCACUGGCUUCUCUCGAAUUGACUCCGAUUCCGUUUCCUCUGUACUGUCUGGAUAUUCUUCGACUUGAACCGACUCGGAAGAAUUUGUGAACGCGGUCCGUAUGGAAUCCUACAAUUUGCCACGUUAAGAUUCAAGAAUAGAACUACGGAGCGAUGUAUAUUCUCAUUUUGCACUUACCGCAGAUUCAGUUCCUCGAUUAGCUAAUUUCUGCGACGCCAUGGGCGAGGAUGCGAAUCGAGUGGCUAAGUUCGUUAACGAGUAAGCUUGUCGAAACGAAGUUCUGCCCACCGUGUCUAAUCUUGCGACGGAAUCGGGAACUCGCAUUGUCUCUCGAAAUUCCUAGAUACCGAAAUGAUGCUUUAUUUGAGAUAAUGAUAAAAAAAUAUUGCGUCAGCAUAAUAAAGUUAAUAUUGAAAUGUCAAGUCAUCAUUGAAUCGUAAUAAAACAAAUAUCAG